AUGGAGAAGCGGGAGCAACAGCUCAAGAAAGGGCCUUGGACGGCAGAGGAGGAUCAGAAGCUUGUUUCUUACAUUCGCAAUCAUGGCCAUUCCAGUUGGCGCCUGCUUCCCAUGCAAGCAGGCUUACAGAGAUGUGGGAAAAGCUGCAGACUACGCUGGACAAACUACCUGAAACCCGAUAUUAAACGAGGGAAUUUUACUUGGGAAGAGGAUCAAAUCAUAAUAGAGCUCCAUGCCCUACUUGGAAACAAGUGGUCUGCAAUAGCUGCCCAUCUCAAAGGAAGGACAGACAACGAAAUCAAGAACCACUGGAAUACUCGACUGAAAAGGAAUUUGCUGCGAAUGGGAAUCGAUCCCAUAACUCACACACCAAUUUCCCAACUCUCUGCUUCUUCACUCAACUAUGGCUACAUGGCCCAUCCCAGGCUAAGGCUUGAGAGUGAAGCCCACUACCUCAACCAGAGUGCUGCUCACAAUACUAACAUUAACCUACACUAUAAUAUGCUAACAUCUGCAGGAGCUUCUAUAUCAUCUCCCUAUCUACAACAGCAACACUAUUCUGGAGCACCCCAACUUAAUGCCUUAAGAUCAGAUGAACAUUUUCUCCAGACCCUUGGAUCUCAAAAUGAGCACAACAUAUACUGCUCUCCAUUACACGUGUGA